CCAUGUGCUGACGUUGUGACGCCCCUAUUUGCAGCCAAUCGCAGCCCUCCGUCUCACGUGUUGUUUCCGCGAGUUGUUUUGGAUGUGCCUGCGCCACGUGGAGGCACGCGGUAACGUCGCUGCUUCCUGACUUCAGCCCCGCAGCGUCCUUCCCGUCCGUCUGUGCCAAACGAGUCCAACCGCAAGCCGAACCGUCAAGAGCAGUGAGAGAUGUCAGCGGGAACCCAGACCACCGGCAGCCGGGAUAUCCCGUCCGUCAGACGGGUCGCCAUCCACGACGCGGCGCACAUGCCCCAGGACUACUCCACGACUCCGGGGGGCACGCUGUUCAGCACGACGCCCGGAGGCACCAGGAUCAUCUACGACAGGAAGUUCCUCCUGCAGUGUCGCACGUCCCCUCUGGCUCGUACGCCUCCCAACCUGCCGGACAUCCCUGGAGUCACCAGGGCGCUCAAACCCAACUCCUCCAUCGACACCACCCGACCCGAGCCGACACCGAGCAGCAACGCAGCGCACCACCAGCACGCCGAGGACCACGCAGAUGCCCAGUUUGAAAUGGACAUCUGAGGAGGGUCAGCAGCGAGAACAAGGUGAUUCCCGACAGUACUUUUUUUUUCCACUACUGGGAUAAGAAGAAGAAAAAAAAUACUCAUUCGGGAUGAGACGCCUAGUUUUAUUGAGCUUUAUAAUCCACAAGAAGGCCUUUUCUGUUGAUGAUUAAUCUGUUUAAAAAGAAAAAAAACAUUACUGUAGCUAAUGCAUGAAAUUAUGUGUUUGUUUUGAAUAUGCUUGGCUUUGUAUGUGAGAUCUUUGACAAGCUAGUCAAAGUCUUCUUGAAAUUUAAGCAUUUUAUGUGAAUUUACUCAUUUGAGGACUUUAAGCACAUCUCUAGAAUUUUCAAUGUUAUUCAAAUAAAUGACUUGAAGUAUGGAGCUCAGUUUAAGGUUACAGUUUUCGCAGGUCAUUGUUUUGGAAAAUGUGGUGCAAUCAUUAAUUUGUUUCUGCCGCCACAUGGGGCCAUAUAAACACAACACUAUCAUGUCAUCUUGGGUUGAUUGGUUCAUAACACAUCUGUCUCUUUAGCUGCUACGUGCUCCUAUACGUUCACUAGCUCGUCAUUUGUUGGAAAACAACCAGCCCCUCUUUAUCUUUAAAGUUGUUCUUUUUUGGUAUGAGCUUGUGAGUGAGCACCUGUGCAUCCACCGCUAUAACGCGUAGAAAAGGUCUUAAGCACUUCAUUACGUCAUCAUUUGUCUUCACAAUUGUUUUUUUUAUCAGUAUUAAAAAACAACAAACACUUUGUCAAGAAAACCAAUAAUUUAUUGUAUUGUAAAUAGCAAACAUACAGGUGGAUCAAUGUGAACCAAACCUUUCAAUAAAGUUAAAAGCGCUUA